CUGUUUUAUAAACAAACCACAUAAGGUGCAGAGAAAGACUUUUUAUAAUCUUUUUCGAUCUUACUUACAAGAGAUGAAAAAUUUAAUUGUUUCCCAAUCUUGGUUGAGAGGCGACGAUUAGAUAAGCCAUUUGGUUUACGUGUUUUUAAGAAAUCAGAAUAUGACAGUGAUUGCAGAAAGAAAUUAAAGUCAGCUAAAACGACUUGGGCUUGUAAGGACGGUUGGAAACCUUUCAAAAAGUAACGGUUACGCACGACAUGUAACUUAAUCUUAAUAUGGCUUCAGUAUUGCUUAGGAAUCGUAGUCCCACUUACCAUAGAUCAAGUUUUAUUGGGAGUUUUUUGCGCUUAACAAAACACAGUGUAAAUAUAGCGGACUGACUAGAUACACGCUAUGUUUGCCUGUAAUGGGAUGAGUUGUUGGAGAAGCCAUUAACAAAGAAGAACAAGUAGGCAUUGUUUGAAAACACUAACAAAAAAUGGUUUUCAAAUACGUUAGUUCAAGUGGCUGUUGUGGUGGUCAGAUUACCAGACAUAUUUUCGUUCAGUGUCGUUAUUAUAUACCUUUCUUCAAGGUUUAUCCAGCAGUUUUAGGGGUAAAGGUUUGCAGAAUGUUUGUUUGUAUUUUUGUUAGUCAUUUAGUUUGUCCCAAAAGUUAUUUAGAAGUUACAUGAAGGAAUAUAAUCAGCGGCAGCUGUAGAUCUGUCGGCGGAACCGAAGGAUGUCCUUUGAAAUAUUUUAGCAUAACAUUAGCCUUUGUGGUUUGUGGGAUCCGACAAAGCGCUCUACACCUAAUCAUUUAAACCUGUUUUUGAUGGAAAUUAUGGCACUGUUGAAGUCUGUCUUGAUAAACGAUUAACCCAAGCACAAUCUACAGGCAAACGUAUAUGAUAUAGAUGCAUGGUGCGAUGAAAAUAGUUUGUAUACUGCUCGUAGCGGCUACUGUUUGAACCACGUCGAAUCACAAUAGCCCAUACAAAUUAGUAGUUUAGCAAUACCGACUCCGAACACUAAAAUUAUUGUAGUACAAAACCCUUAAAAGAGGUACCGAAACAACAAAAAUUACCAUGAUAUUUUGUUUGCUAAAAAAGAAAUUGUCUAUAUCACAUCAAAGUGUCGUUAAAACACGGUGAAGGUUAGCCUUGAAUCAGAGAAUAAACGCGUGAGUCAGAAGUAGGUAUCAGUUACCUUCAACGCCUGCAGCAAUAGGCAAAUAAACGCGAUUGGCGCGGGUCACUGAUUAUUCUAUUUGUUCGAUCGGCCACUUCGGGCUAAACACUGUCAUUAUGUACUCGAGAAUAAUUGGUAGACAGUGGCCUGCGGAGUGGUAAGCAAUACACUAUCACCCGACCUCGUGCCUGUCAUCACGGCUUAUCAUUUCAUAGCUGUUUCUCAACAAGUUUUGAAAGAUGCGCUGCAGGGGUGUUAGAGGCGUGAUACGCUAGGACCUCCUUGCAAAAGUACAUUUCAGAAGGGUAUUCCCUCAAUAUCCUUUUAGACUACGCUCUGCCGGAACAAAUGCCGACAGCAAGUAUUACUGCUCGAAAAACUGUGUAUAAGUAGCAGUAAAUUGAAGUUAUUUGUGUUGAAAGUAGUCGUGAUGGAUCUAGAGUAUCUAUACCAGCGUUUAAAUACUGGCUGUCACGGAGGUAGUAAGGCAACUUGUAAUGGGAGAAUGAAUAUCUGUACUGGAUGCAAUGAGCCCAUAGAAGACCGGUUCCUUAUGAAAGUAGUUGACGAAGCAUGGCAUGAAAGCUGUUUACAAUGUUGUAUUUGCCGUACGCCACUGUCAAGGUCGUGCUUUAGCAAGGAUCGUAAGCUGUACUGUAGAAGUGACUACGAGAAGGUAUUUGGUACCAAGUGUAGUGGCUGUAAAAAAACAAUACCAGCAAAUGAGCUGGUCAUGCGUGCCUUGGGCAAUGUUUACCAUUUACAAUGUUUUGUGUGCGCAAUGUGUGGACAUGUCUUGGAAAAGGGACAGGAAUUCGCUCUCAAAGAUAAUCAAUUGUACUGCAAGUUGGACUUUGCAAAGUUACCGAAACCAUCAAAUCGUAGAAAUCGAGUAAAUAACGAAAAUAAUGAGAGCAGUAAAACAAUCAGACAACAAGAAAAUGUUAGUAAUAAUAGUAUCACACCGGAUAAAGAAAGUAAAGAAGGAAUUAAACAUGAAAACACAGACUCGGACGAUUCAUCAAUGCACGAGGAUGACGACGAUAAAAAAGGACCAAAAAGACCGAGGACAAUUUUGACAAGUCAACAAAGAAAAGUUUUUAAAUCGGCGUUUGAAAUCAGCUCCAAGCCCUGUCGAAAGGUACGGGAAGAGCUUUCACGAGAGACUGGUUUGAGUGUCAGAGUCGUCCAAGUCUGGUUUCAGAAUCAAAGAGCAAAGGUACAGAAAUCAAUUAAAAAGUUAGCAAGAAGAAAUAAUCCCGAUUCUGAUGGCACCAGUAGCUGUCGAGUCAGCAACCGACAAAGGACUUUAAAAAAGUCUAAAGACGGCAAAGGAUCCAGUCCCAGAGAUAAGCGACGAGGAGACAGAGACCUUCUUGAUCUUCCACCUUCACUCUCGCCGUCCCAUAUACCAGUCUCCCAUUCACCAUAUGGGAUGUUACAACCUCAAUAUCAACAAAAUAUGCCUAACCACAUGGGUACAAUGAUGCCGCCUGGCUUCUCAUAUCAACCCCCAUUAAAUCAUAUGGACUCUACUGACAUGCAAGUUGACCAAAGGACGACAAUGCAAGGGGGGAUGGACGACUGUAUGAUGCCUCAGCAUUAUCCAACAGAUAUGACAGGAUACCCCACUACGAACCACAAUGGUCAGAAUCAUCUAGAGCUAAUGCAUGACAUGAUCAACUCAUUUUAGCUAUUAAAAUAAUAUUAGUACAGCCGUGACCUAAUAGGCAAUUAUUGCAUGCUACAUAUUCAUUCCACUCUCUCAGUGCACAAGAAGCUAGAGCAGUUGUACCAUGAAAUACAAGACAAAAUAUCAAUGAAUAGUACUAUUGUGGCACUUGUUUGACCCAAAAAAAACUAUAACAACAAAAAUAGCAGACAUACUGAACAUAAUGAGCAUUUAGUAUGAACCGAUUGACAGUAGAGCCAGAAAGUGUUUAGACAUAUUGAUCCUGGUAUAUUUAUUAAUUAUAUUAUGAAAUUUUACCAAUAUAAAUCUUAGCAACAAAAUACUAUUUGUUAAUAUUAGAAUUUAUUGUAAUUCAUGGUUCAAAUAGCUCACUAAGCACUCAGGGCAAGCACAGCAAUGAAUUAUGGGCUGCAGCAAUUGAGUGUCUUUCACUGACAGCCUUUUGGAAAUGGCAGUAAAAUGUUAUCUGUGUCAAAGAAGUAUACUUAGCUUUAUCUGCUCGAAAUAUCCGAUGAUAUUUUAAAGAACACUCCAUAACCUUUAAAAAUGCCAACAGUGUUUUUUCAUUUUACAUAUUCAUUAGCUAAUACUUCUAAAUUAACAAAACCACCAUUCUUUGGGAUAUAUAUCGAAUGUGAUAAUGCUAAAGUCAUUGCCUUUUCUUUAACGUUUAACUGUACUCUUAUCAUUUUAUCCAACACUUAUGGACAUAAUAUUCACAUUCAGUCUUUCUAUAAAACCAUUAAGCUAUUUUGCACUUACAGCUUUAUCAUGGCAUAAUUAAUUCAACAUACAAAAUUUGUGCUCAAUCUUUUUUUUUAAAUCACCAUUAUAAUUUACACUUUUAAAAUCAACAUGCGUGUUUGGACUAGCAAAAAAAAAGUUAAUUGCUAUUUUCAACCUUUCAUCUUAGGGCUUUAACAGACAAAGACAAACCAAGUACAGGCUGACUUCUGUGAAGGGUUGACAAUUAGCAAGAAGGCUUAAACACAUGGUUGCUUAAUUAUAGGAUUAAAGUUACAAUUAAAGUUUUAUUUCAAUUAUUGCCCUUAGCAAAACAAAAUUUCCAAUGCAAAGAACUUUGCUUAAGACAUAAAUAGAACUUUUUAUAUGAUGAAAUCACUCUUAAUUGUUGGAAAUCAACUUGUUAUAAACUUCAUGAAUACAAAGCAAAAUACCAUAAAUAACCAUGGAUUGACUGUGUGGAUCAAGGUGCAGCUUGGAUUGCAUUUUUAGUUUUCAAUUAAAAUCUAUAUCUAUAGACAUUAUUGAUAUUUUUGGUAUCAUUAUAUCACCCAUUUCAGCUUAAGCUAAGUAUACUUCUACGAUCAUAUUAACAGUCAGAUAUAUCAUUAAUGUAUAAUAUAAUUAUAUAGGUGUAAUAUAUGUGUACAAUACAAAUAGACUCUUUUACUUUUGAACACAGUCAUUUAAUAAGCAACAUUUAAAAGCCAAAAUCACUCGGAAAGCAGCUAGCUGUUAUCACUAUUUAAUCAUGAGCUUGUUGUUGUUGCUAUUGCAUGGAAUAACCAUAGACUGAAUCACUGAAAACCUGAACUCAACAUCUCAUAACAGCAAGUAUAAGUAUGGAAAACAAAUCAAGCUUCUUUGCUAAAAUGUGUUCAAAUCACAAUCCCCCAAAAUUGAAUGACUAGAAAUACAUCAGUAGUGCAAUUUAUAAUUUAAUAUGAGCUAUGACAGAAUAUUAGCUUUAUUAUAUAAUAAACAUCCUCAAAGGGCAAUCUUAUAAGAUAAAAUAUUAGAAAAACAGAAUCACUUUUUGUGUGAUAGAAAACUGUGCAUACUUAGUCUAAUAGAAGACUUUCAAAAAUGGUACCAAUAUGUCAGUUGCUGACUGGGGGAGGAAUACAAGACAAAAACAGUUCUCAAAGGAAAGUCUUUGUUUGUACCAUACAUCUCUCAAACUUUGACCUUACCUCACAUGAUUUUCACAGUGUUUGUCUCAAUGUGACUUUGAGGCCUUUUUUCCAUAUUUCAUCAUUAGUUCCCUGACUAGCAGCAGUGACCUAUGCCAUUUUAAAAAGUCGUCAAUGGCAAUAAGCAAUUUAAAUGUUUGAAUAUAGAGAUAUUGUAUUAAACAGAUAGUUUCCCAUUCAAACCAAAACAUCUCUAGUAUGACUGACAUGUUUUCUAACUUACUCAGCUAAAGGUGUUUUCUUUAGAAAGAUGCCAAGAACUGUUUUUUUUUCUACUUUCUUUGAAAAAAGGAAACCUGUGUGAUCAAGUGUGGUAAAUUUUAAAAUGAGAUUUUUACUAUACAAACCUGUAAAUAAUCACAUCAAAAUAUUUCAGUGUCUUAUUUGAAUUCAGUAGAAUUCCCAUACAACAAAAUAUAAUUGUAAAACAAAUUUUAAGUUAUGAAAUUAUCAGUCAAAAGUAAUAAAAUACAUGCUUCACAAAUGA